GUCUUAAUGCUAACUUGACUAAACAAAACACUUCCUCGUGUACUCCACUUUCAUCAAGAUCCUAAAAUGAAGUCUAUGUCAUCAUCUCAUCCAUCAACUCAUUUACUAUUUUUACGUGUAAUACUAACAAAAUAGACUAACAAACUUUGAAUCAGUCCACUUAAACAACUGCCUCCGAAAACAAAAUUUAGUGUGCUAGAAACUCAUAAACUUCAAAUUUUAACUUGAUUUUUUUUUCGAGACAGAAAAAUAAGUAGUUUCUUUGCAGAUUCUCUUUUUUAUAAACUUCAAAUUUUGAAUCUUAGUGACGAAUAUGGCUUUGUGUGUGACGGAUACAGAGAGGGCUUUAGCGUGUAGAGAUGGCAAAGCGGCGAUGAAUCUCAAACGCAUUUCUAUAUUCGUUAUCUUCUUCACUAGUGUUGUCGGUAUAUCGUUGCCGGUUCUUUUAGCCCGGUUAUUUCAGGGAAAACCGGUUCAUGAUAAAGCAAUUCUACUAAUCAAGUGUUUCGCAGCCGGUGUAAUUCUCUCUACAUCGCUUGUCCACGUACUUCCUGAUGCUUUCGAUGCACUCUCUGAUUGUCAGGUUACUUCGCGUCAUCCUUGGAAGGAUUUUCCUUUUUCAGGUCUGGUGACAUUGAUCGGGGUACUAACAGCGUUGUUAGUAGAUUUGACUGCUACGUCGCAUGUGGAAAAUCACCAACAGGGUCAUAAUCGCGAUGGAGGAUAUGCAGCAGUGGGUACGAGUGAAGAAUUGGGAAGUGUGUGUAAGAAAAUUGUUGAUGUUGAGAUUCAGCACGCGGAGCAGGAGAAAGAGGCAGAGGAAUUGAUGAAAAUGAAGCAGAGAUUGGUAUCACAAGUGUUGGAAAUUGGUAUAAUUUUUCAUUCAGUUAUAAUUGGUGUGACUUUAGGGAUGUCACAGAAUCAGUGUACUAUUAGACCACUUGUGGCUGCACUUUCUUUUCACCAGAUAUUUGAAGGAAUGGGUCUUGGAGGUUGCAUUGCACAGGCGGGAUUUAGCUUGGGAACAACAGCCUACAUGAGUUUCAUGUUCUCAGUGACAACACCAAUGGGUAUAUUAUUGGGAAUGAUUGUUUUUUCAAUAACAGGAUAUGAUGACACAAGCCCAAAUGCAUUAAUCCUUGAAGGUUUAUUGGGAUCUUUAUCUUCCGGUAUACUCAUAUACAUGGCCUUAGUGGAUCUUAUUGCUCUUGAUUUCUUUCACAACAAAUUGAUGAGUGGCCAACCAUUCUUGAAAAAAGUAUCUUUUAUUGCUCUUCUUCUUGGCUCUACUACUAUGUCAAUCCUUGCUCUUUGGGCUUGAAAAUAGUACAUUAAUAAACUUAUGUAUCCUUUGAUACUUGAAUAGAAAGUUUUUGUCAUUA